UUUAGUGCAAAUGCAUUGGGCAGGGAAGACGCAAAAAUUUUAUUUGAUCUAUAUAUUACCAUUAGGAAAAUUCAUAUUCAUAUACAAGAGAAGAAAUAUGGCAGAACAUUAUAUGAACCAGGGAAAGGAAUAUGCAGAUGCAAGGCCAGAUUAUCCACCACAACUCUUCCAAUUCAUAGCUUCUAAAACUCUUUCACACAACCUGGCCUGGGACGUCGCCACUGGAACCGGUCAAGCUGCUAAAUCUUUAAGUACUUUUUACAAGAAUGUGAUUGCUACAGAUGCAAGUGAGAAACAACUUGAAUUUGCAGCCAAACUUCCUAACAUACGGUACCAACACACUCCAUCAACCAUGUCCAUGACUGAGCUUGAACAAAUGGUGUCAUCUCAAGGAACCAUAGACCUUGUCACCAUUGCUCAAGCCCUUCACUGGUUUGACCUCUCAAGUUUCUACAAACAAGUCAAUUGGGUUCUCAAGAAACCUCAUGGUGUCUUUGCUUGUUGGUGUUACACUUCACCAAGAGUUAAUGACGCAGUUGAUGCUAUGCUCAAUAACAUAUAUUCUCUUGCUUCAAAACCUUCUCGCGAUCCAAGAUGCGAGUUACUUGAGGAUCAUUAUAGUAGCGUUGAUUUUCCAUUUGAUCCUGUGGAAGGAGUUGAUCAUACGGGACCGUUCGAGUUUGAGGGUGAGACUGUGAUGGAUGUUGAUGAUUUCUUGAAUUAUAUAAGAUCAAGAUCAGCUUAUCAGGCAUUAAAGAAGAAAGGGGUUGAGCUUCUUAAGGAUGAUGUUGUUGAAAAAUUCAAACUUGCUUGGGGAGAUGAUGGUCAAAAGACUGCUAAGUUUGAAGUAUAUUUGAGAAUUGGAAAAGUAAGGGAUGUUUGAAAAUAUGCAAGGGAUUAAGUACUCUGCCGCAGCAUGUUCUUCAAUAAUAAAUUUGUUAGAAAAUUAUAUUGUUUACUUACUUCUUGCCUUAGUAUUGUAAGUUUGUAACUCAUGUUUCGGUCACUCUAUUUUGUCCAUUUUCAGAAUAAGAUUAGAGCUCUUAUUUUGGCUCUCAAACAUCAUAGUUGGAGAAGGUGAUGCUGUUGUGUAUGUGGCUUAGUCAAAUUUGCCAUCACGUUUAGUUUUGAAAAGAAAUUAACAAUGAAAAUAAAAUAUAGAUUCCAAACA